UAGAAAGGUUUGUUUUAAGCGCUGAACGCUUUUUAAUCGAUACAAGUCGUUCAGUCACUCUCAUGUGCUUUAUAAACCACGCGACGGUGUCUUUUCUUCUUUUAUCUGUAACGCUGGAAUGCUUUAUUCAAGUUAAACACACGUUGUUCUGUGUGAGGAAAACCACGUCAAUACGAAUAACAGUAAACGAGCGGUCUACUUCGUCAGUCAGUCUGACAUAAACACGAGAUUGUCAGUGAUGAGGAGCAGUAAUGGAGAAUAAAGACGUUCUGAAAAGCCGAAUUAAAUUAAUAAAAUGCUUCAGAGAAUGAGGGCUUGUUUUGAAGCGGGCUGGCGACUUCUGCUGGUCAAAACAGCACAGAAAAACGAGGACAGAGGACAACUUUGACUAACCUCAUAUGUUUAAUGGAAAAGACCCCAUGAAAGGCCCGUGACAUCCACAUUUUACUAUAUCGAUGGCGUUUGUUAAAGAGGAGUGUAAGGAUUUUAAGACUGAAGACAUAUUCAUAGUGAAAAUGGAGGAGGCGGAGGAACACGCAGACUUGAUGCCAGUGAAAGAGGAGACUCAAGAACUGGAAGAGAAGGUUCCUUUUGAAAGUUAUCAACAUUUCGUAACUGGAGGACAAUCAUUUAAUCGUGCACAGGCUGAAAAACCUUCCUCGCAAGACAAAUUGCAAGAGAUCGACCCUAUAAGCUACUUCAUCUGCUUUCAAUGUGGAAGAGGUUUCACUCAGAAAGGAAGCCUCAACAGACACAUGAGAACUCACACCGGAGAGAAGCCUUACUCCUGUCCUUUGUGCGGAAAGAGCUUUAAUCAGCACGGAAACCUUGAAGUGCACAUGGGCGUCCACAGUGGAGAGACCCCUUUCACCUGCCAGCAGUGUGGGAAAAGUUUCAGCCGAAAAGGAAACCUUAAUUAUCACAUGAGAGUUCACACCGGGGAGUGUCCUUUCACCUGCCAACAGUGCGGAAUAAGCUUCACUGCGAAAGGAAGUCUUACCAGACACAUGAGAAUUCACACCGGAGAGAGACCUUACACAUGCUCCGAGUGUGGAGAGACCUUUGAACAACAUGGAAACCUUAAGGUCCACAUGAGAACUCACACGGGAGAGAAGCCUUACACAUGCCAACAGUGUGGAAAGAGCUUCGAUCAGCAUGGAAACCUUAAAGUUCACAUGAGAAUUCACACGGGAGAGAAACCGUACAAGUGUCCUCAGUGUGGAAAGACUUUCGAUCAACAUGGAAACCUUAAAGUGCACAUGAGAAUUCACUCCGGGGAAAAGCCUUAUACGUGCCCUCAGUGUGGAAAUAGUUUUACUCAGAAAGGACACCUUGAAGUUCACAUGAGAAUUCACACUGGAGAGAAGCCUUUCACCUGCCAACAGUGCAGGAAAAGUUUUAACCGUAAAGGAAUCCUUAGUAAGCAUGAGAGAACUCACGCUGCACGCUCUUCUGGUGGCAAUGUGGAGGUAAAUAUGUGAACACAGUAUGUGCAGUGCGUCGUCUUCUCAGUUACAAAAGAAAUGGUGAGAUACAACCUUUGUAAAAGCGUAUGAUCAUAGAAAUGGACAGCGAAGCUUAAAGGAACAUCCAGAUAAUCGUCACAGACCAAUGGUAGGUACUGUUAGAUCACCAUCUCCACGCCAGAUAAAUAAGAUUCAGCCCCAGACGACAGAUCUUGUCAGGAGAUGUCAGUUUCUCCAGGUAUUUGGACAAGUCAGCAGAGUUUCCAAUACCCAAACCCGGUAACCAGUAUUCAAAUGAAUUAACAGUCUACUAUCAUUAUAGGAGUUGACUGAGAAAACCAGAGAGGUGCAGGAGACAAAGUAAUGAUGAUAAUAGAGCAGGGUUUAUUGAAUAAUCUUAGCUGCGUGUGUUUCCGUGCGCUCUCGUCAACCUUGAAUUAGCGACAUACCCUCAUUCACGAGUUCACACUUGCAAUAGUUUCAGAAUAAAGCGUAUUUGGCGUGCUGUCCGGGGAGAGGGCUCUGAGCUCGGGGAAGACACCCAAACUCGAGUUAUUCCUCUUAUCAGGAAACAGAGAGGAAUUGGGAUUCGAGCGAAGUAUCUAGCCCGGCCCCAGAACGCUCCCCCCGGGAUUGUAAUGCUUAAGAGGUGAGGUGACGGGGUGGUGGAGGGAUGCUAAAGUCGUAAGAUGCUGCAGGUAAGACAGCUUUGGUAUAUAUAGGGGUUUGGUCAAGAACUGAUUGGAUAGUAGAAUAAUUGUCAAUGACGUAUUUGAUACUGAAACUUCUGCACGUGCUCCUCCCGAAAUUUGUUUAUAAAACAUCACUACGUCAAAUCAGAUUUUGAUUAACAUCCUAAAUGAUAAACAUAAUUGAAUUAAAAAUAUGAAUCAAAUAAAUGGAUGACGUAAUGAAUAACUAAGAUUUAUCACUGAUUAAAUAACCAUAACUGAAGUGAUCAAUGCAAAACUAGUAAUUAAAAAACAACAUUAAAUAAAAUAGAAUUGAACACACAGGUUAUCUCGAAUUUCAGAUUCUCCAGAUGCGUACCAGCCAGACAUUUUCAGGUCAUUUCACUUUACCAAGCUGUUUGAUAACUUUAGGUGGCUUCAUUGUGGGAGGAGUUUAGCAUUUAAAAAGGUGCACUUCUGUUCCUCGAGCUCAGGGUUAGACUGGGACAAAAAAUCGGCCCUGGCAUUUUGUCCACUACAUGCAAUCGAAAUGCUACCAAUCUGUGCCGACCCUUGGAUAUCUUUACUAACUCUUAUCCGAUUAGGCUGCAUUUACACUGCAGACGUUGAUGGUCAAUUCUGAUUUUGUGACUGUAUCCGAUUUUUUUUUUUUUGUUGAUGACCCACUUACAUCGUCUUUUAAAAGUGACUCAAGAUUUACUGCAUUUACACAGCAAAAGGCGCAAUGAGCAGGAAAAAAAAGAGCGGGCGCUGACCGACAGCUGAUAAUAAAUGACCGCUCUUUUCUCGAUUCCAGUAUUAAAUCUGUUUGCAGGGUUUAUUUUUAUUUAUUUUAAUUCAUUUUGACAGGUUGUUUAUGGCAGAAAAGUUCUCAUUUGGCCAUCUUGUUUUAAUCUAGGCCUUUUUAAACCAGUAGGCAUCUUAAUGUAAUGUCCAUGGCGUGAUUUAUGCGCAUGGUGUAUGCAACGGUUUUAUAUUAGUUUAUAUUGGUUACGCAGCGGAUGCUGAUCUCUCUCUCUCGUUAAACAUGCUUAAGUAUUUGUGCUACAUGACAAUAUCAAAGCUUUUUUAGUCCUCGUGUAUGAGAUGUAAGGUUUGGGACUUUGAAGUCUGUUCUGAAAUGAAACAUCAGAGUUGACGUCAUUCGCUAUGGUUUUUAUUGACGUGCUACUCGCAUUGACAUCCACCUGCUUACACUGCAGACACAGAUCGAAUUCAUAUCGGAUAUAUUUCCACGUAUGAACAAGGCCUGAAUCUGAUUUGAGUAAAGUGGAAUCCACGUGAUUUCUUCCUGCUUACACGCACAUGGGCCAUAUCUAGGCCCACACGGAAUCUGCGCGCGCAGAAUUCUGCAGAUUUUUAGCCCAUCAUUGAUUCUGUUUAUUUACUUGUGUAAAUGUUUGUGAAUUAUUCCGUUUUUUUUUAUUAAUUUCAGUAAUAUUAUUGACUAAUAUGAAAAUAAUCAUAUGAAUUAUUUGUGCCACAUUGGAGAAAACAAAAUUGGAAUUGAGUCCCUCGAACCAUGCAGUGUAAAUGCAGCCUGAAAGAUUUCUGUAUACGGUCCAGAAGGUUCUAUAAAAUGGACUAUGGAUCUAGUGGACUCAGACACGGCCCUAAACGUAUCGACGCUGUUUUUCA